AUGUCUUUCAAUCGAAGAGGCACACUACUGGCGGCGCGGGCUGACAUAGCGCCACGCGACAUGCAGCUGGUACAAAGCAAGGACAUGUUGUCAUCUGGGAUUUCGACACACGCGGUGUGGCGGCCGUCCUCCUGGGACACGAGUAAGGCCUCCGGGGGAGGAGCCGUCACAUCAGUGGCCUGGUCCCGGAACGGCCAAAACAUGUUGUCGGGCUCAGAGGACCAGAGCAUUAUUCUUUGGGACUUGGUAACCUGCUCCAAGAUCUGCCAGCUCAGCAUGCGAUCCCCCAUACUGCGGGUGAGUCUGUCCCCACACCCGCCGCACAUAGCGGUCGUCAGCCUUACGGAGGGAACCCCCGUGCUGGUGGACUUCACGUCACAGCAGCAGCAGCUGUUGGCCCUGGCGGGUGAUGGUGCGGAGCCGGCCCCUUCACGCGGUGGUGGUGCCGGUGGCGGCGGUACCGGCAAUGCCAUGCUUGCCAUCUUCAACCGGCAGGGUGAUAUGAUUAUUGGCAGCCAAAUCAGGGGAGCGAUUUCGGUGGUGGAUGUGGCCAGCCGCAAGAUCUUAGAUGUUGUAAGGCUGCCCAACUCAGGCCGAGUGGUGGACCUUGUGUUCAACCGCAAAGGCAACCUGCUAUUGGCCACGUGUACUGAUCAGCGUGUACGGAUGUACGAGAUGGCGACCCGCGGAUCACUGGCGGACGCCGCCGUACCCACGGAAGCGCAGCUAUCUGAGGCACUGGCAAACCGGGCCGUAAAGUCGGGAUCAGUGCUGCACGGCGAAUCGGGGCUACUGCGCCCCGUGCGCGACUUCCAGAACGCCGUGGAGCGCACCCCCUGGCGAAGCGCCACCUUCUCAUGCGACAGCGAGCACGUGGCGGGGGCCACUGCUGCCAAGGCUCAGCUGCAGAUCUACAUCUGGAACCGGCUGCUGGGAAACAUGGAACAUCUCCUGGAGGGUCCCAAGGAGAGCGCGCUGGAACUGGCCUGGCACCCCCUCAGGUCGCUGCUGCUAAGCUGCGCCUCCUCGGGCAGAAUCUACAUCUGGGCAAAGCCCCACGCAGAGAACUGGUCCGCAUUCGCUCCGGAUUUCAAGGAGCUGGACGAGAACACGGAGUACGUGGAGCGGGAGGACGAAUUCGACUGGAACACGCCGGGUGCUGGCGGUGACCUGGGCCUCCCAGGGGCUGCGGACGGCGGUGGCGGCGGCACAGGCGGCGAGGGCGACCCUGGGUCGGUGGUUCUGGAUGUGCUGACUCGGGAGUCGCAACCCGUGUUCAGCAGCGACGACGAGGAGAGCAGCGCCCAGGAGCUCUUGUACCUUCCUGUGAUUAUCGAGCGCGAGCUGCCGCCCGGGGGCCGGCCAGACGAGGGCGAUGGCGAGGUGGAGGGCGAUGGGGGCGGUGGUGACACGGGGGAGCAGCCGAGCGGCACGAUGGGGCCGACAGCUGCUGGGCCGGAAGGGCCGCAGGCGCAGCAGGCUUUGCUGAUGCAGAUGCAGCAGCAGAUGGGUCGUCUCGCGCAGUUCCCGAGGCGGAACGGCAGCUCGGGGGCGGGCAGGAGUGGAAAUGGCAGCAGCGGGGGCGGCGGCGGCGGAGGGCGGGGCGGGCCCGGCGGGCCCCGGGGAUCCCGGAGGGACCCUGCUGGUGACGGCGGCGGCGGCGCUGGCCUGGGCUUUGGUGCUGGCGGAGGCGGAGGCGGCGCUGUGAAGCAGGAGCAGGAGGACUGGGAAGACUUCGAGGGCGGAUGCGGCUUGCCUGGUGGGCGCAAGCGCAAAGUGCAGUUUGACGAGGACGCACCGGAACGAUGA